AUGGCACGGGCAACCACGGCUGCUGCUGUAUCGUCAUCACAUGCUACCAGCUAUCGCUGGUGCUAUGUGGAGCAGGUAGACCAGGCCGAGCCCCUCGCAGGCAGGAGCAACGGGUGGCGGUACAUGGGGCCUGGAGGGGUCACCUAUAGGCGCCAGGCCGUCUUCGGGACGGGAUUUAGGAUUCGUAUCUCCUUCCCUUCCUCGCCUGGGCCGGGACACAGGUGGUUCAACUCGCAUCCCCUCGGGGGAGAUCCCAACCUGUACAAUUUUCAAACUUGGGCGAGGACGGUGCUGCAGAGAGGCAUGCUGGUUGUGUCAGCGGCCGACGAUACCUGGCGAGUAAUCCUCUGCUGGGCGUCAGCUGGCAGGAGGAUCGACGUCGACACCCAGGGCAUCCCGAUCUCACUUGUGAACCUCCAGGUGCGAUCUGGUGUCGACUCACAGAGCCCUUUUUUCAGACAGCUUAACAUAGCGACCUUCGGGCACAGAGUUGUGAGAUAUGCCCCCAUCACCGCGUUCGGCAAAAAAUGGCAAGAACAGCUCCCAGGAGCCUGUCUCGCUGUCCUCGUCGCCGACGCUUGGCGUGACAGUCAAGUCGACCUGCUAAAAGCACGGGAGAGGAGAAGGUUUGGAUUCCGCGAUGGCGCGCCUGUACAAAACAAGAACGCUCUUGACGGUGGGAACUACUUCCGCAACCUCUAUUCGAUUCUACUGGAGCGAGACAUUGGGGAAGUAGAGUUCGACAAAUGGGUUUCGGGGGAUACAGAACCACCCGCCUUGACAUUACUCCACCUCGAAAAGUGGCUCCAUAUGACCAAGGCCAGCGUGGUGGUGUGGUCACAUCGGGGCACUGGUGCCAAUAUUCUUGGACCACCCGACGGGAAAACGAACCUCCGACCGCCCACAGUACACGUCGGGGUGCGUGAGGGACACGUGUACCGGCUUGUGCUCGAGGGGCCUUGGAGAGACAGGUUUGGAUCGUCUCUAGACGUGGCAAUCGAACACCGCGAACCAGAUCCGACUGGUUUUGGCGCCAAGACCUUCUCGUGUGUCGCUGACAUUGUGAGUGAUAUCAUGGCCAUCAAACAAACAGGGGGGGACCACAGCCGACAACCAGUGGAAAAAAAGCGGAAGCAUGGGAGGAAGGUAUCAGAAUGCAAGACGUGGUACGCGCCUCCAGGAACGGCCCUCGACGAACUCAUGCUCCACCUACACCUCGCUGGGGUCUCUUGCAAGGGUAAACUCACGAACUAUAGUCGCUGGGAUUCACUGUCCUUACCAGCGCACGGCUUAAUCAUCCGAACCUGGUUCAGCGCGAGCAUGGGUGGGCUCGAUCCCGAUGACUUCGAGCCCGACCAGGCAACACGAUUGAUCGAGCUGCAUAAUGCCCUGGGUCUGAAGUUCUGCCGCGGAGUAUUGGAUUUCCGAGUAUCGAGCCAGUACAGCAAGUCUCUGCUCGCCCUCCUUGAGGUGUGCUGGCGGGGGCCGAUCGUCGGGGCAGAGGACGCGUCCGGGAGUUCCUACGGGAGGGAAGACUGGCAAUGUGACAUCAAUGGGGCACACACGGCGGCUCUGAUGAAUAUGGAGACAGUGCCCGUUUUCGGCCACAUGGAUGAGGUGGAGGAGUUCGAUGGCCACAACAUCGAGGAUUGGACGCUAUACAUAAUCAAGCUGGACGCGCUCGUCACCCACUACGUGGGACCAUCCAGAACGGUCAGCAGGUGCCACAUACCCAAACUUAUGAAAGACCUGCUGACGCAUGAGCUGGGUGAUCCCCUCCUCGAGGACGCCGACUAUGCACGCCGAGUUAAAAAAAGGAAUAUUCGUGCGGGCCAGUGUGACGAGGCUUCAGCUGUGGGUGGAAAAAUCGUCCCUGUUCUGUGCGAAGUCGAUCGCGUCAAGGCCGAGCUUCGGACGGGACAAGGGGACCUUGGAAUCGAUUCACUUCGCACCGGUAAUGCAUACCUUUGUUUCGACGCAGAACGGACCUGGUAUAGAGAUGGCUUCUGGGCGUUAAGAACCCUCACCCUCGACGAAACUCGAUUGCGAGUGUUGGAGGCGAGGAACGCUCUCGAAUCAUGCGGAGCGUCCGACUUUAGCUACCAGUGUGACGCGGUAUUCUUCAGGGGAUCUUCGUCGGUACAAGAAAAGAUGGUACUCCGCUUCGACCAUUUGUUUACCGGCGACGAAAAAACUCCCGGCACUCUCAAGUUUGGACCGGCGUUGAAGAACCCGCUGUGUGGGGAGAGGAGGGUGUGCAUCGUGGUGAAGCUAUCGCUAGAUGCGUUACCCUCGGCAAUGAGAAAAAUUCCUUGCCCAUUCAAGCCCCCGCUUUCAGUGAUCCCGCUGUGGGAUGGCAUCGGCACCAGCUUCCAUUCGAUGGAAGGCGCGGACGAUGCCUGGCGUCGUCUCGGCAAGAACACCAAGCGCGAUCUGUGGCCGGAAAUAUGCGAGGCCGAGAUCGUCUGUGCUGUGACCGGAGAACAUGGAGGGGCCGGGAAAAGUUACUGCACUAUCCGCGCUGCUACGGCCACAUUCGAAACAGGACUCGUCUUGACCCCCACCAAUAGCCUGCGUACGUCCUACACAAAUCUGCCAUCCGGGUGGAGUGUAAAGACCGCUGACCACCAGCUCGGAUUCUACCUGAGUGAUGAUUCUUACGUGAAGAAGACGGCGGGAUCGAUACGAACGCUCAAGGUCGACGUAAUCAUCAUCGAAGAAGCUGCCUAUAUGCCUCUCCGGACCUUAAGCAUGAUCCUGGCGGCUGCCCAUAGCAGCGGUACCCACGUGAUCGGGACAUACGACACGCAUCAACUCCAGCCCGUUUGCGAUAGCAGCGGCAUGUCGAUUAGCAGGGACAACGUCGACAGGAAGGUCAUCCUCGAAAAAGCCUUCCCCACAUGCUUCCAUGUCUUCGCGCGCAAGCGAGACAAAACUAUCGAAGACCAGGUGGAGAUGGAUGACGGCCUCUUGCACAUUCUGGCCGCAGGAAACGACAGUGACGAGGCGCAGACUCGAGCUAUCGAGAGGUUUGGCGGGGAGCAUAUCGAAAAUACUAGCCCUUCAGAUUUUCACCUCGCGUAUACAAGAGAAUGUGCUCGAUUCCACGCUUUUGAGGUUUGCUGGGGUGCACCGAAGCUGGGGACUGGGAUGGGCUGGGGGGUUGGUGCGCAAUACCGGGACCUCGGGAACCCGGACAAGGUUCACAAGAAUCACAUGUACAACGUCAUCCGAUCCUCGGCAGAUACUGUCGUCGUCGCGAGUGCAUUUGACGAUGGUGCUAGUCUUGAGGAAACUUCACUCUGUCGAGCGGAGGCAGAAAACGUUUUUGAUCCUCCAGGGUCAUGCACAGUACACGCGGUCCAAGGCCGUACCGUGGAAGGGAGUCGAGCUACCGGACCCUCGAACGUGAGGGUCAUCGACGAUAUUCACCGGAGCGAAAGCGACAUGUCCGAUCGAGAGAGAGUAUCGUGGGUUUCUCGGAAGGCCUCAAGCUACAUCUAUGCCGACGUUGCGGCUGGACGUAUAAAAUCUGAUGAGGGGGGGCAGCAUAGAGAAGCUCUCGUCCAAGAACUCCACCGCUCCUAUGGGGGGAGGUGUAACUUGUGCAACCAUGAACUUACCUGGACCGUUUAUAGCGAACGCCAACCGACUCUUGACCGUCUUGACUGUGCAUUGCCCCACACCAUCGGAAACGUGGUGGACGUUAAGUGCCUAAAGUGCAACAGAGCAAGAGGAAGCCUAGGGAGAGGGAAGUCGAAAAAGAGGAAGAUAAGUUGA